GGCACGCCCAGAGAGACGCACAGGGCACAAUCACACGAAGGGAGGAACUGAUGGAGCAGACACAUGACUGACUGCCCGGCGCUUUCUAAACCUGGAGGAAUACAGAAGAGUGAAGCUCAUACGCUGUGUGAGAUGACCGUGAAACUGGAAUUACCGCGCGCUCUGCCAUGCUGAGCAUCUCAUUCACACUCCUGCUGGCGCUCACCGCUCCUGCCCGCUGCUCCCACAGCUGGAGCGACGAAGAUCUCCUGCUUCCACCCAUCAACUCCUCCGGCAGAUUCCUGGCCAGCCUGGAGGUGGAUGUGGGCUACUCGAAGAGGUCCGUGGAGGAGCCCGAAGCCUCAUCGCAGUGCAAUGUGAGCGUGGAGAGCCUCCCCACCAAACUCGUGGCGCGCUGGGACAGCAACUUCGGCUUCCAGUGCGACGUGCUCCUCUACAGCACCAACAACCAUGGCAAGGCCUUCUUCUCCGCCGCCUUCAACCGCGCGAUCUCCCCGGUGUACAUCGAGCACCUGGGCGUCACGGGCGGCCAGCAAGAGUUCAGACUCUGCGUCGGAUGCGGACUGUCCAGAUACAGGAGAUUCAGGCGAGGCAGGUCAGAAGGUCAACAGAUGGGCGACUCCGUCCAUUUCUGCUGUCUGGAUUUCGCUCUGGAUGAGCUGAAGGGGGACAGGAGCUGGAGACUCAACCGCAAACCCAUCGAGUCAACUCUCGUGGCUUGUUUCAUGACUUUAGUCAUAAUAAUAUGGAGCGUCGCUGCCCUCAUAUGGCCGGUUCCCAUUAUCGCGGGAUUUUUGCCCAACGGAAUGGAGCAGAGAAGGCCGAGGUAAUAGAAUAGAAUAGAAUAAAAUAGAAUAGAAUAGAACAAAACAAAUUAACCCUGUUCAAUGACUUGCCAACUUUAACAUCUUAUGCUUAGUGCCCUUACUGUUACAUUGGCAUUUGCUUAAAUAGUGCUAUUCUUGUGUUUAAAAUAGCUAUAACA